AUGUUAGGUGAUAAGAUAAGUAAAGGUAGUGAUAGUCAAAUUAAAUUAGGAUAUAAAAAUUAUGGAGAAAAUAAACAAGAUAAGAGGAAAGUUGAUGAAAUGAUGUCAACCAACAGCCGCUUCUGGCUAACAGUUUCCGAGAAUUCCCGAGAAUACGAAAGGCUCAUAUAUGGUCGAGAACAAAUGAUCGAUCAUAGAUCGACAAUGGCAACGCCAAAUCUUGCCAAUUCCAUUUAUACACAUCAGCACCAAGAUUCGCUCGAACCUACCCCAAAACCAAAAAGACGUCGGGGUAACCUCCCAAAGGCCACGACAGCCCUUUUAAAAGAUUGGUUAGCGAUGCACCGAAAGCAUCCUUACCCCACGGAGGAGGAGAAGCUGGGUUUGUCAAGGCAGACCAAGCUUAGCCUACAGCAGAUAUCCAAUUGGUUCAUUAACGCGCGGAGGCGCCACCUUCCGCACCUUUUGGAAUCUUCGGAUUUCUCUUCCUCUCCCUCCCCAAAUAAUGAGUUGGAUAUAUUCCCCUAUGAAGCGGCUUCAGGGAAUUCUACUGACAGUGCCUCGGAUAAUGGCAAACAACAUAUCAGACGCCAUUGUACCCGCAUUGAAAAGACCGGUGGCGUAAAAAAGUCAUAUCUACGAAGUAGAAGAAAGCCAUCGCUAUAG